GAAAAGUACUUAUUUAAUUCUGGAAUUGUAACUACAAGUACUGGAUAAUUUUUGAACGAAAAUGAGUGAAAAAUAGGGUUUUUCGUCUUAAACAAGUGAUAUGUUUUACCUCCAUUAACAAAUGCACCACACAUAAAAUAGUAUUAAUGCAAACUAUAUUGGAUGCAGUGUUAAUAUACAAUAAAUAUGAAUUGCUUUAAAAAAGCUAGAAUCUCCAAUAAAUCGGAAUGAAGUUAUUAGUUUACCCGAUAACAUUAAAGUGUGAAAAACCCCAUAAAAUGUAACUCAGACGGAAAUGAAUUUAUCAUAAACGUGCAUUAUCACAAUAUACCAUUUAGGGUGUGGGUACUGGAAUCUGCAUUGGUCCCAGUAAAUCCGCCAUAUUGGGAAAAGUGAAAAAUGCUGGGUAGAAAGCAAAGCAUUAAGGGCGAACCAAUAUUGGCAGAUUACGGCCCAGAAGAAUCGCUCAAUGAAAGUGCCGACAUUGAAUGGGUUAACAAGCUAUGGGUUCGGCGAUUAAUGCGUUUAUGUGCCUUAAUAUCGCUUACAUCGAUAUCCCUGAAUACCCCGAAGACAUUCGAACGGUACCCGUUCCUACAAUACUUCACACUAUGCAGCGACAUCGUUGUCACACUAUUGUUUACGUCAGAAAUGAUAGCCAAAAUUCACAUACGCGGCCUUUUAAGAGGAGAGGCACCUUAUCUGAAGGAUCACUGGUGUCAAUUCGACGCCUCCAUGGUAUUUUUUCUGUGGGUAUCUGUGGUACUGCACGUGUUCGAAAUGCUCGGGAUUGUGCCAAAGUUUCAUUACUUCAGUAUUCUCCGAGCGCCACGACCGUUGAUAAUGAUUCGGUUUUUACGAGUUUUCCUGAAGUUUUCCAUGCCAAAAAGCCGUAUCAAUCAGAUCUUCAAGCGGUCCAGCCAGCAAAUAUACAACGUCACACUGUUCUUCCUGUUUUUUAUGUCACUUUACGGUUUACUAGGCGUGCAGUUUUUUGGUGAACUGAAGAAUCAUUGUGUGUUGAACUCUACGGAACCUGAAGGGCUCACCAUAAACUCUUUAGCCAUUCCGGACACCUUCUGCUCCAUGGAUCCAGACUCAGGUUAUCAAUGUCCGACCGGAAUGAAGUGCAUGAAAAUGGAUUUUCUUUCAAACUACGUUCAAGGCUUCAAUGGGUUUGAGGAUAUAGCGACCAGCAUCUUCACGGUGUACCAAGCAGCUUCCCAGGAAGGAUGGGUUUUCAUAAUGUACCGAGCUAUUGAUAGUCUUCCGGCUUGGCGCGCAGCUUUCUACUUCAGUACCAUGAUUUUCUUCCUCGCUUGGUUGGUGAAGAACGUCUUCAUCGCCGUCAUUACGGAAACAUUCAAUGAAAUCAGAGUUCAAUUCCAGCAGAUGUGGGGUGUGCGUGGUCAAAUUCAGAACAGCACCGCUUCACAGAUCAUAACAGGAGAUGACACUGGGUGGAAGUUGAUAACUAUUGACGAGAACAAACACGGUGGUUUGGCGAAUGAAACAUGCCACUCGAUUCUCAAAUCGCCGUACUUUAGACUGCUCGUAAUGUCCACGAUUCUUGCGAAUGGAAUAGUAACAGCAACAAUGCAUUUUAAACAUGAUGGAAGGCCAAGACAAGUGUUCUACGAAAAAUAUUACUACAUUGAAAUGGCGUUCACUUUCUUAUUGGAUCUCGAAACGUUAUUCAAAAUCUAUUGUCUGGGCUGGAGAGGCUACUUCAAACAUUCAAUUCACAAAUUUGAACUUUUGUUAGCUAUUGGAACAAGCCUUCAUAUCAUUCCUGGAUUAUAUCUAUCAGGAUUUACCUACUUUCAAGUGUUGAGGGUGGUACGCUUGAUAAAGGCUUCGCCUAUGCUGGAAGGUUUUGUGUACAAAAUCUUUGGUCCGGGUAAAAAACUCGGAUCUUUGAUAAUAUUCACCAUGUGUUUACUUAUUAUAAGUUCGAGCAUUUCAAUGCAGCUGUUUUGCUUCUUGUGUGAUUAUACAAAGUUCGAGAGCUUCCCCGAUGCGUUCAUGUCUAUGUUCCAGAUUCUCACACAGGAAGCGUGGGUUGAAGUCAUGGAUGAAACGAUGAUUCGGACUAGUAAAACGUUAACCCCAUUAGUGGCAGUUUACUUUAUAUUGUAUCAUCUGUUCGUUACUUUGAUCGUGUUAAGUUUGUUCGUCGCAGUCAUUCUGGACAACUUGGAACUGGACGAGGAUAUCAAAAAGUUGAAGCAAUUAAAAUUUCGUGAGCAAAGCGCAGAAAUCAAAGAAACGCUGCCUUUUCGUUUACGAAUCUUCGAAAAAUUUCCCGAUUCCCCACAAAUGACUAUUCUCCACAAAAUACCGAACGACUUUACAUUGCCAAAGGUUCGUGAGUCGUUCAUGAAGCAAUUUGUUAUAGAAAUGGAGCCCGAGGAUCCGUCAUAUAACGAAGGAUACAAACGACCGAUGUCCGAGUGCUGGGAAUCAAAGGUUGUCUAUCGCAAACAGAAACCUGUCAAUGUAAUGAAUAAAACUGCCAAAGUACGAACCGUAGGAAACAGUUUACGCAAAAUGGCAAUAACUCACAUCAUCAAUGAUUCAAAUAAUCAACGCCUAAUGCUUGGAGACUCUGCAAUGAUUCCAGUUGCCGGAGGAAAGGGUGGUCUGAAACCCCAAGGAACAAUAACUCAAACAAAGCCUUGGCGAAUGGACCAGAAAAAGUUCGGAUCUAGAUCGAUUCGCCGGAGUGUUCGUAGCGGGUCGAUUAAACUAAAGCAAACUUACGAGCAUCUGAUGGAAAAUGGAGAUAUUGGAGCUGCUAGCCGUGUGACCUCAUCACGAGCGAGACCACAUGAUUUGGAUAUUAAAAUACUCCAAGCCAAACGGCAGCAAGCGGAGAUGAGAAGAAAUCAACGCGAAGAAGAUCUACGGGAGAAUCAUCCUUUUUUCGACACACCUCUGUUUGCUGUACCGCGAGAAAGCAAAUUUAGGAAAAUCUGUCAAAGACUCGUUCACGGUCGGUAUGAUGCUAGGCUGAAAGAUCCUUUGACUGGCAAGGAGCGAAAAGUUCAAUAUAAAAGUAUGCAUAACUUCCUUGGACUGGUCACCUACCUAGACUGGGUAAUGAUCUUUGUCACGACAUUAUCCUGCAUAUCGAUGAUGUUCGAAACUCCACAGCAUCGGGUCAUGGAACACAUUACGUUACAAAUAGCAGAGUACACUUUUGUCAUAUUCAUGAGUUUGGAACUAGCACUCAAGAUCCUUGCCGACGGACUUUUUUUUACACCAAAAGCUUACAUCAAGGAUGUCGCUUCUGUACUAGAUGUUUUCAUCUACGUGGUAUCACUAACGUUUUUAAUUUGGAUGCCUCGUCAAGUACCAAGCAACUCUUCGGCUCAACUGCUAAUGAUCCUGCGAUGCUUGAGACCUUUGCGAAUUUUUACAUUGGUACCACAUAUGCGUAAGGUAGUUUACGAACUUUGCCGAGGCUUUAAGGAAAUACUGUUGGUAUCGACACUGUUGAUUCUGCUCAUGUUCAUCUUUGCUAGCUACGGAGUUCAGUUGUACGGAGGUCGUUUGGCGCGUUGCAACGAUCCAACCAUACUCAAGCGAGAAGAUUGUGUUGGUGUGUUCAUGAGACGAGUAUUCGUAACAAAAAUGAAACUCACCCCAGGUGCCAAUGAGUCAUAUCCAUCGAUGCUAGUGCCAAGAGUAUGGGCGAACCCACGACGGUUCAAUUUUGAUAACAUUGGAGAUGCAAUGCUGGCACUGUUCGAGGUGUUGUCAUAUAAAGGUUGGAUCGAUGUCCGAGAUGUGUUGAUCAAAGCUCUUGGACCAGUUCAUGCAAUCUAUAUUCACGUGUACAUUUUCCUCGGAUGUAUGAUUGGAUUAACACUAUUUGUCGGUGUCGUAAUUGCUAACUACUCCGAAAACAAAGGAACUGCAUUGCUAACCGUAGAUCAACGAAGAUGGUGCGAUCUGAAGAAACGACUAAAGAUUGCUCAACCGCUACAUUUGCCACCACGCCCUGAUGGACGCAAGUUUAGAGCAUUCGUCUAUGAUAUUACGCAGCAUAUUGCCUUUAAACGAUGCAUCGCUGUCGUUGUAUUGGUCAACAGCAUGUUACUUUCAAUAACGUGGACAAAAGAUGAAACGCAUACUGAGAGACUAGUCAUUGUUAGCACAUUUCUUACCUUCGUUUUUGUAGUUGAAGUAGUUAUGAAGAACAUCGCAUUUACUCCCCGAGGAUAUUGGCAGUCGCGACGGAACAGAUACGACCUUUUAGUAACGGUAGCAGGAGUCGUGUGGAUAUUUCUUCAAACGACACUGAGAAGCGAUUUAUCAUAUUUCAUUGGUUUUAUGGUUGUCAUAUUGAGAUUUUUCACAAUAACUGGCAAGCAUACGACCUUGAAAAUGUUGAUGCUUACAGUCGGCGUCUCAGUGUGUAAAUCGUUUUUCAUCAUAUUCGGAAUGUUUCUACUGGUGUUUUUCUACGCAUUAGCAGGAACAAUUCUGUUCGGUACAGUGAAGUAUGGCGAAGGUAUCGGACGUCGAGCAAACUUUGGUACGCCGGUCACCGGAGUAGCCAUGCUGUUUCGUAUAGUGACUGGCGAGGAUUGGAACAAAAUUAUGCACGACUGUAUGGUUCAACCACCCUAUUGUACGCUUGCUGCCAACUAUUGGGAAACGGAUUGUGGAAAUUUCACGGCCAGUUUAAUCUACUUCUGUACAUUUUACGUUAUCAUCACAUACAUUGUGCUAAACCUGCUUGUCGCUAUUAUUAUGGAGAAUUUCUCAUUAUUUUAUUCAAAUGAAGAGGAUGCUCUUUUGUCCUAUGCUGAUAUCAGAAAUUUCCAAAAUACUUGGAACAUAGUGGACAUUCAUCAACGUGGAGUAAUACCUGUUCGCAGAGUCAAGUUCAUACUUCGAUUACUGAAAGGCCGAUUAGAAUGCGAUCCACAAAAAGAUCGAUUACUGUUUAAAUACAUGUGCUAUGAACUAGAUAAGCUACACAACGGCGAAGAUGUAACCUUCCACGAUGUAAUCAACAUGUUAUCCUAUCGAUCUGUUGAUAUAAGAAAGGCACUUCAGUUGGAAGAACUGUUGGCGCGCGAGGAAUUCGAAUACAUCAUUGAGGAAGAAGUAGCCAAACAAACAAUUCGAACAUGGCUUGAGGGUUGUCUGAAAAAAAUCCGAGCCAAUAAUAUUACGAAACAGCAAAAUUCACUUAUCGCUGGCCUACGGGCGACCAAUGAUAGUCUUCUGAAGCAACAACAGCAACAGCAGCAGCAACAGAAUCAACAAGACCAGGUCGAAGAGCAGAAUCUGCAGAAGGAAACAAACCUUGAAACAGAGUCUGCCGAGCAGGCAGCAAAGGAAAUUGAGAAUAACGCAAAAAAUCGGAAAAAGAGUCAAAAUAUUUUGAAUCGGUCCGAUUCGACUGGUAGCAGCAGUGGUCGGAAGUUUUUGGCGCCAACACUAUCAGAUCCGCAGGCCAAAAACGAGAAGGAUCGAUAUAUAACUAAGAAAAAAUCUCAACGCCAAGCAGGCACCAACAGCAAAACGAUUACGCAGAUAAACGAAAUGAACCAUGGUCAUACUUUGCAUCAGCACUAUCAUCACUUUUCGCAUAGUAGUGAAACACAGCAGAGCAGUAGUGGAAAAGUAGGUCAUCCUCAUAUUAAUAUGGUUUAUGAAGUACAUGACUGGUGGCAGGAACAAGUUAUUUGUACACAUAGCGAUGAUGAAGAAACUUAAGCUGUUAUUAGUAUUAUAGGAUCUUAGGAGUAAUGUUCUGAGGAAUAUAUUUUGUUGAAGAUAUUCCCAGUGAAUAGUUCAAUAGGUGUUUCAAAAUCGUUCAAAUUUGGUGGACAUUACAUUCUAAUGAAUCGUUCAUCACGGGUUCUGGAUCAAGUUUGUACGAUUUAAAAGCACUGUAUUGUCAAACAAUUUUGACUAUAUUCCAGUGGACUUCAAUUUCAAUGACUCCCGAUAGUAGUCUCGCGGUGUGGCUAAAUUGAGACGCCACUGCAUGAUGAAAUUGCUCUCAUUCAUUCUUUGAGUGGUUUGUGAAAUCGCCGCACGAAUCAUGAACCACGUGUUCAUACUUAGAGAAAAAAAUUCAAUGUAUACUUUCAUAAUAGCUUUCAAAUUAUUCCGUGAGAUCAUUUAACAUAUGAUGUUAUGUUUCAGGUUAAAUUUUUGAAACCAGAACAAUGUACUGAAUACAGUUUUCGUUCUUAUUUGUAUCAAUUAGGACUGAUUAUUUAUAUUUUAUGCACUAAUUAGUGUCAGAACUCCAAUGGUGAGUUUUUAACAUUGUAGCGCUAACAUAACAAAGGCACAAGAUACACCCAUGAUAAUGUUGAUGGUAGUAAUAAAUAAUAUGCAGUGACAAA